AUGAGUAAACAACUAAAUUUAUCACAUUUUUUUCCUUCCAAUAAAAGAAAAAGACAAAAUUCGCCUGUGGUUACGCAAGUAGAACAACCUGAAUCAUCAUCAAUACCGAUUAUAACUCCUGAUGAAACAGAAGCCGUGGCAACACCGAGUAUUACUUUUGAUGAAUCACAGGCCAUGACAACACCUGUUUUAACUCUUGAUGAAAUGCACACUGUAACAACAUCAAACAUUAAUGACAUUUCAAUGAGAAAAAAGUCAAAGCAACAUGAAAAUGAAACUUUAAGUAAUAACAAUGCUCAAGCAUUAGGUAAAAAUGAUAUCGGCUUGUUUGUUAAUAAAAGUUGCAUAUCAACUAAUGAAAUCUAUGCUGUAUUGAUCGAUCCAUGGAAACCAUCUACUCAAUACGAAUUUCCUCAAGUUAACAUGAAUCAAAAGGUGCGGUCGGUUUGGCAACAUUCUUGGUUAUUAUCAUAUCCGUGGCUUGGUUAUUUCCAUACCCUUGAAGGUGUUUUAUGCCGCUAUUGCAUUUUGUUCCAAAGAAAAUGGUCUGCAAAGGAUCCAGGUAAAAACGCUCUUGGACAGCUCGUUGUUAAACCAUUAACUUCAUUAAAUAAAGCUCAUGAUUAUUUUCGAUCUCAUGAAAAAACUGAUUAUCAUUUAUUUUCCAAAGAACAAGCUGAACUGUUUAUUAUAAGUUAUACAGAUCCAAGCAAAUCUAUUGAUCGUAUAUUAGAUAAUGAAUAUCAACAACAAGAAGCUAUAAACAGAAAAAUUUUAGCGAGUAUUAUUAAGUGUAUUCUUUUUAUUGGCAAACAAAAUUUAGCAUUCAGAGGUCAUGAUGACGAUGGCAUUGAUUAUAAAUCAACGGAGGGUUUAGGAAAUUUUAAAGAAUUAAUUCUUUUCCGUGUGGAAAGUGGUGAUAUGGUAUUACAUGAUCAUUUGACAACGUCCGCCAAAAAUGCAAUGUAUAUGAGUCCCAAAAUUCAAAACGAGCUAAUUGGCAUUUGUGCUGAUAUGAUUAGAGCACAAAUUGUUAACCACAUAACUGGAACCGAACAAAUGUCAUUAUCAGUUCGUUAUUUAUGUCAUGAUGGUGAUCAAAUAGCUAUCAAAAAAGAUUUUAUUGGCUUCACUCCAAUCACUGAUAAUUCAGCAAAAGGUCUAUCUGAACAUAUAAUUUUUUUUUUACAAUCAGUUGGUCUUGAUUUAGCAUAUUUACGAGGUCAAGGAUAUAACGGUUGUACUGUCAUGUCCGGCCACAUUAGUGGUGUUCAAAAACUUAUUUUAGACAUUGCACCAAAAGCACUCUAUGUCCAUUGCGCUAGUCACUCAUCAGAUCUGCCCAUAUGUGAUGCAUGUGAUGAUCGAUAUAUACAAUUAUUUUUUGGUACACUUAAAGCUAUUAUAAAAUCUAUUAGUAAAUCACCAAAAAAACAAAAACUUUUAAAAAAUGCGAUAGAAGCGACACACAGUGACAUGAAACGAAAAAAAUUGGCCAAAUUAAUUGAACAUCGUUGGGUUGAAAAACAAACGUCAAUAUUAGUUUUUAAGCAAUUAUUUUCUAGAGUGGUCGUGUUUUUAGAAUACAUGGUGGAAAAUGUCGAUUCAGAUACAAGCGCAAAAUCUCAUGCUUAUUUAAAAUCAAUAAAGGAUUUAGAUUUCGUUGUAUGUUUAUUUGUUGUCUCACGUGUAUUUGCAAUCUUAAAGCCUUAUACAGAAAUGCUCCAAAGUAAAAGCUGUGAUUUAACUCAAUGUUAUAAUAAUAUUCAAGAAGUAGCUCUUCAUCUUGUUGAAUUAAAAUACGAUGAAAAAAAAAUCAACGAACUUGCUAAUGAUUUGAAGAUCUUUUCACAUGAUAAUGAUAUUACGUUUGAAAUUUCAAGAACUAACAAGUUUAAAACUGCUAUUGAUUAUUUAAGAGAGCACCCAUGA